AUGAAUAUUGCUAGAAGAUUAGUUUCAAAGAAAAAGAAGAGGUAUCAAGAAGGUGGUUUUGAUCUUGAUUUGACAUAUGUAACACCAAAUAUUAUUGCCAUGGGUUUUCCGAGUGUUGGAAAGGAAGCAUUAUUUCGUAAUCCAAUGGAAGAAGUACAAAGAAUGUUAAAAAGAAAUCACGGAGAACAUUACAAGGUUUAUAAUUUAUGUUCUGAAAAAACCUAUGAACCUUCUUCUUUUGAAGGAAGAGUUGAAAGAUUUCCAUUUGAUGAUCAUAAUGCUCCACCAUUUGAAAUGAUGUUACCUUGUUGUCGUUCUAUGGAUGAAUGGUUAAAACAAGAUCCAAGAAAUGUUGCAAUUAUUCACUGUAAAGCAGGUAAAGGAAGAACUGGUACAAUGAUAUGUGCCUAUUUAUUAUAUAAUGGAUCUCAUAAAGAUCCAAUCAAUUCAAUGGAUUUCUAUGCAGAAUCUAGAACUAGAAAUAAGGAAGGUGUAACAAUUCCUUCUCAG